CAGAGUGACGCCAGAGUUUUCGCUGCGCAGGGAAGCCGCACGUCAGAGGCAUAAUGGCGGAGGCUGGUUGAGAAGGAGAAUUACUCCGUGAAGCGGCGCUGAAACCAACUUCAUCGCCAGUCGACGAAGUGAUCGGUGGCCAAAAUGGCCUGCAAUCUGAACGAAGACAGAAAAUACGAGCGGGACGGCAUCAAGACCAGCGGCUUGUGUCUGGACGGCAGCGAGAGCCAGGAACAAUUGUCAGCCUCUACCACGACUACAUCCAAGCAAAAUGGCGAUCAAGCUGGAUGCGAAGACGAGCAAAUGUCUGAACAAGAUGCUUGUGAGCGGCGGAAGAGCGGGCUGUCAGAUUUGAAGAACUGCAGCACUUCACCGUCGGCGCUGCACAGAUCAGCCGAGGAGUGGUCUAGGAAGACUUUCCAAAUCCCGCGGAAGAUCAAGGAGCGCAAAGGUCUGCGACAGCAGUUAGUGCCAGAGUCAUGGGAGUUUGAGGAGCUUUAUAAACUCCUCUCUUCCUCAUAUCUGGAUGCUUCAUCUCGAGGAGCUUUCACCUACACUAAAGCAUGUCUCAUUCACAAUGAGCUCCUGGAUAAAGAGUAUGUUGAGAAGAAAAGGGAACUCAAGCAAGCUGGGCGGACAGAUGCUGAGCUUACUGACUCCUAUGCUUUUCUGCUGCCUGAUGCAAAAAAGACUCGCUGGAUCUGUGAAAAGGGCCUCUCAGUGGGACAUGCACGUAUUAACAAUUUGGGAAAUCCUAUUAAAGGAGUUUACCUUUCAAAAUAUUCAGAUUUGUUGCAAAUGAAUCCGUUCGAAGCAGGUGCUUCUGGGGACAUAAUUAUAUUUAAAGUCAUGAAGGGUAGAUUAAAGAGCAUAUUUGAAAAUAUGCCCAAGAGUAAUCUGGAACCUACACCUAAGUUUGAUUGCCACGUGCACAAAAACGCCAGCAAAGUCACUUCGUUGUUGUCAUAUAGGGCCUUUGAACUCACUCAGCAAUACUUUUAUGAGUUUGCGUUUGAGGAGCUGAGGUCACGACCCAGACACGUCUGUCCCUAUGCUGUGGUGUCCUUUCAGUACAAAGGCAAGGAGUCAGCCACAGCUGCUCGCAGAUUAAGCAGUGGUGUGUAUGAAGGACAUAGAGCAGGAUGGCGCAGGUAUACCGUGUGGAGUGGCUCAUUAGUGAACAGAGGAGAAGAGCUGUAUCACGUGUGCAUCCGGUCACCCAAUCUCCCCUUUCUGCCCCUCAAACUCCCUGACAAAAUUGACAUAAGUAUGGCAAUGCACCUUGAUCAAUUGAAGAGGAAAAUUCCCUCUACACUGCUUUCCUGGGAUGCGUAUAAUGGAACACAAGAGGCAAUGAAAUGUGGGAUGUACUGCAGCCUGUUCGAUGUCAUGUCUAAGACCAAGCAGGGAAACUGCCUGUCUGGCCUGCUACACAAAUUGGAGAAGGAAAAAAUGGUUCUUGUGAAGCCACUGGCAGAAAAAGGCUUUCUUCUCCUCCUGUCAUCAUCUCACAUGCACAGUUCUAAAGAGAAGCGAGGGAGAAGCGAUAGAGGAUUACAAGCACUUUUUGUUUUUCAAGAAUCAAGAAUCACAGGCAGGUUAAUGUCCAAGCACACUGGCCUACACGUGGACUCUCUGGUUCCAUUAGAGCCCAAAGACCCAAACACUGAGCACCUAGAGACCCUUGCUCCUGCCUUGCACUAUUCUUUCUACAAACUGCGCUCCAAUCCACCCAAAGAUCUGGCGAGUGCAGUGAAACACCAGGCUAUGGACUAUCUGAGUUUCAGGGAACAAGGCUCAGGACGGCUCUUCUCUUUACCCGAGUACAGGUCGAGCUUGGACGAACGACCUGGGCCAUUCCCACCACCACGACCCAAGAGCCUGGACUCAGUGCUGAAUACAUAUGUUUAUGCACCUGCAAAGUUCCAACUGGCCAUAACAUGCCUGCAGCAGGACGUGGAGGACAGUGGUCCUGCUGUGGUUGAUGAAUACAGUCCUGUGUCUGACUGGAGUGGCUCAGGAAGCACCAGGACUGGACUGACUCAAUCUAAUGGUGGUGGUGGCGCUCAGAAGCCGCAGGGCGAGUAUGACAAAGAGAAGAUGGAGAAGCUGCUGAAACUGAUCCAACUGCACAAACGGGGACUAGGCAAGGAGGAUGGAGGCGUGCGGGAGCGCAGCGAAGACUGGGAGCCCUCUGGGCAGAAGCGGAGGCCUGAGGAUGACAUCUCCGCCGGAGCCAGCAAGUACCUAAAGACGGAGGUCGUGAGCAAUGGAGAGCUAGGGAGAGUUCCUCAGGGUGAAACAUCCAUGUCUCUGUCGGCGGUGAUGGACAACAUGGGGAUGUGUGACACGGACCUGCGUGAGCAAGUUAGCCACAACACACCCAUCCAGGACACACAGACUCUGCUUAAGAUCUUUAUCAAUGCUCUGAAGAAGGUGUCUCAAAGCUCUGCUACUUCUGCUUCUGCCACCACGACGCAUCUUAUGCUGCCCACACAAGUCCAGGAGAGCCUAGUACCCGAGCAGCCAUGCGAGCCAGCUGAACCCACCACCCCUUAUGAGCAAAACCUGCGAGCCGGACACACAGAGGACGAGCAGGUCUCACUGGAUUACUUGGAGGAUCAGAUGGCAUGCAGUAUUGGCAGUAUGGACUUGUGCAGUCCGUCCUCCAGCUUCGAGCAACAGGUGCCGCUCCCUGCUGAAGCUAGUCAUAACCGCUUAGAGCGGAGAACAAUCCCUACAGUCCCGGUUACAGAGGGUGAGGCAGGGACAUCAGGUACAUCAGUGAAGGACAGAUCAGUACCAGCAGAGGGGCAAACGCUAGACUCCAUCCUGGACCAGGAGUUUCAGUGUCUCUGCACAGGCGUCCAGGAGCUAAUGGAAAGGGAGCAAAUAUUUUACGUUUCCCAGCCUGCACUGCCUUGGCAUGAGGCUGUGCCCAGCGUGUUGGAGUCCACCUUCUCUCCAUAUGUCUCGAAAUACAUCUUACCUCUGCCAGUACAGGGUUACAUCAGCAUGCUGUGCGAAAAGAUGAACCACAUGAUUAGCUCAACUGCUGCUCCUCCUCUGUACCCUGUUGCUCCAAAUGAUGUAGUUGAACCUGCUCUUGCUCCUCCUCCUCUGCCUGUUGCUCCUCUUUCUGCUGCACCUACUACACCUCCUACUGUUACUCCUGCUGCUGUCCUUCCCUCCAAACAGUCAGCUUCGAAGACUAAACCGCAGGAGUCCUUACCCAAGGUAGCCAGCAAGCCACAAACACCUGCAUCAACCCCGACGCCGACACCUACUCCUGUUCCUAUUCCACCUCCUGCUGCCCCCAAGAAACAGCCCUCCCCUACCAGAAAAUCUCACCCAGGGAAAAAGACCGAUACAAAGGUUCCAAAUGUUGCAGACAGUCCCAAAUGCAUGCCCACAAUAAGUGCUGGUCUCCCGCUGAUACCCGAGGUGCCCCCUGAACCAGCCCAGUCAGGUGCACCAGGAAGUGACGUGAUUGGCCAGCUCAAACCAGAUGUGCUGUGCACACUAGUAGAGAUCAUGCAAAUGAAUGCAGUUAGGUUUUACAUUCAGCGAGGUGAUGAAGAGGAAAAUGAACUCUGCACUGAGAUUAAGGGUUACUUAGAAAACCUUGGCAACAUUGAGUGCAGUCCUUUGAAAUACCUGGAAAACAACUGUCAGCAGAAGUUUAUGGUCAUCAUUCAGAAUGAAGACAUAGCUUCUCAUGUUCACAAGAUUCCAGCCUUGGUGUCAUUAAAGAAGUUGUCGACAGUGUAUUUUGCUGGCGUGGACAAUCUAGACGAUGUGAAAAAUCGCACUUACAAUGAGCUUUUUAUGUCUGGAGGCUUAAUCGUAUCAGACGAGCUCAUCCUGAACCCAGACUUCAUCACUUUAGAGAGGCUUCAGGCAUUCUUACAGUUCUUGGAGGAGCAGAGCAUGCCAUGGAAGUGGAAGGUACACUGUAAGACUCAGAAGAAGCUGAAAGAGCUCAGCAGGUCAAACAGCGGCGCUCUGGAUCUGUUAAAUCUGCUGACAACUUAUCAAAAGAAGCACCUGGUGGAAUUCUUACCUUACCACGAGUGUGAUGCUCCAUCAAGACAAGCUCCAGAUCUGGACUGUUUGGUGAAGUUACAGGCUCAGCACACACAGCUCAGACACGUCAUCUUCCUCACAGAUAAGUCUUUUGAUGUGACCAAGUUCUCUAGUAAUGGGAUCAUCACAACUAGCUUGAAUGACAUCAUGAGAGACUUCGAGAGCCUGAUAAGCAGGACUCAAGCUGAAGACUCCCUGCCCAUUGUUCCGGCUCCAGGUAACCGCCACGUAAGUUGCUAUCAUUGCCUUUCAUCUCCAGCAGAGCCAGAUUCGUGCAUGGAUGAGGAGGACAUGUCCCUAGACUCGGAUGAGGAUGCAACCAUGCAGGCAGAGGACAGGGCAGUGGAGAAGCGGGCCACUCUACCUCUUCAACCCGUGAGCGAGGACAUUCUGCCCCCUCUCUCUGACCCACAUAAAACAGUCCCUCUGUCCUCUUGUUCUGUGGAUUACAAUGUUCUCAAGGCGGCCAUCUCACAGUAUAAAGCUACUAAGCAGGCUGGAACAUCCAUGCCUGGGGGGGAGGACAACUUGGUUGGUUUUGGUGUGAACCCCCACCAGAGCUACUUGUACCCCAACUCAGCACAGUGGAGCCCCUAUUCCGGUUCUCCAGGCUAUCACAUGAGCUCUACCUAUUCUUCACCUGCAUGCUCGACUUUGCAAGGACAGGAGUACAGCCAAGUGAGCAGCAUGAGUGUAACCCCUGCCAGCACUGUCCCCCUGUCCCAAACUGCUAAUCAGGCUAACCCCAACUCUUCUUGUGUGAACCCACCUGCUAACACUGCUCCCCCGGGCCUGUCCCAAACCUCCUGCAGGGAGGACAUAGUUCCGGAUGGGCUGUCCUGCUCUCAACCCUUGCCUCAGGCUCAAACUCAGUCUCUUGAUGACAGUCAGCCAUUUUUGCCUGGCUCUCAAGAUACACAGACUAAAGCCAUGGAAACUCCUGUCCUCGCUUCCUCUUCUUCCUCCUCUAUACCUUGCACUUUGCCCGGCUACCCAGAUGCUCCUGUAUUCCCUGGGCCCAUACCCACACCCCCUGUGCCACCCAUGUAUAACUGGGCAGCUCCAACAAGGGCACAGAAUAGCUAUGCUUCGGGGGGGAACACGGCACCUUUUGGGAAGAAUGAAGGUGCAGCGUCAGCUGAAGGAUUAUGCAUAGGGCCUGGCGAGGGUUUGACUCUUAAUAAUAAAGUUGAUGGAAGUACAUCUGGCACACCGCCUUCCUCAUUACAGUACCAGGAUGGAGGGACUGAGAAAAGCAGCACAUCGGGCAGUGUAAUGCCCUGCAGUCAGGGCAGUAGGACAUCAGUAGACUCUUGCACAGAGAGCCACAGAGGUGGCAUGACACAUGCCCGAGGCAUGACACAUGCCCGAGGCAUGACUGGAGGGGGCAUGCCUUGCAACCCCAGAGGGCUCCUACCCCGGCCUGGAGUCUCGAUGCGUCCUGCAUGCCGAGGAGGGCCACACGGGCCGAUCCCACACAGUGGGAACCGCAUGUUUGGCCCCCGAGGGCCCAUUCCAGGGCUUAUGGACAUCAGACGUGGAGGCUUCAGAGGUAGAGGAAUGCCCCCCAUGCCCAUGAGGUCCAGACCGGGCAGAGGGUCAAUGUGGGGAGGAACGCACUGUAACCGGGGCUAUGGUCCUCCAAAGGAUUACUACUCAGACUACACUUACUAAAAGGUUGGGAGCAGUCAGUACUUACAGACUACUGCCAUACAGAAUGUAUAUAGUCAACAUGAAGAGCACAUUUAAAUUUAAGGAAAAAAAAAAGGAAAGAAUUGGUUUUGUACCAUUAGAUCAACAAAUCAGACUGCAACCAGGAUUGUGUAACUCAAAAAUGCUCUUCUUUAAUGAGUUGUUUGAAACCUUGUUCAGACCACUAUAUUUAUAUCGCCAAGAAAUGUAAUUGCCUUUCAAUGUUUUUUUGUGUUAUAAUUUUCAAAAUGGUUUGUGAACAAGGGGCAAACGCAGACAAUAUUUUUUUAAAAAGAAAAAAGUGAAUCACUCUUCAUUUUAGCUGCUUUUGUUUUGUUUUGUUUUUUUACAUUCUUGGUUGUACAAAUGUUCUAUUAAACAAGGUUGUAUCAAACAUAUUGUGUUGAGUAUAUUACCCCGAGAUUCUUUUAUGUAUAUUUAUGUUAAUACAUUUCAAAGCAUUGUUUGUUUACAGAUAUCGUGUUGAGGCUGUUGAAUCCCGCACACUUUUGCUGUCUGGCCAAAAGAGGGCAGCUUUUCCUCUCGGUUGGGAGGAAUGUGGCAGCAUUGGAAUUAAGUUUCACCAUGCAGAGAUGAUUUUGUUUUAUUUGGAUGUAUUUUUUAAUCUUACACUUUUGUAGGUUUGGAAUAUAACUGCUCUGUUUUAUAAAUUUCUCUUAAGCGGGGAGACAGUUUGUGUCUUCAUUUUAUCAAUAUAUUGCCUCUUGUAUGUGUUCAACUAAAUCUACGUGUUUGCAAAUGAAUGAGUAAUCAGCACUAGUUUUUUGAAGAAAAGAAAAGUUCAUGUCUGCAUGAGAGUGAUUCAGAGCAGCAUUACAUAUUUUAUUCGUUGUCGUACUUAAGCGCUCAUCUGGAAAACUCAAAGAGCUAUGCACUGGAGAAGUUAUUUGAAAAAAGUUUCAAUAGCUGUGUCAUUCAGAUCUUCAGGGACUUCUCAAUAGGACUGGCAUGGUCUGAUAGACAGCAUGUGGCUACUAAAAGCACAAAGCACAACCUGAACUAAUGUUAAAACACAGCAGGAAACAUCUUGCUUCUAUAAAGAUGCCACCAAUAUAAUCCCACUAUUCACUUACACUGUAUGGCCAAAUGUAUGUGGACACCUGCCUAUCACACCCCUGUGCCCAUUCCAAAACCAUAGGCAUUAACACAGAGCUGGUCCCCCUACUAUAACAGCCUCCACUAUUCUGGGAAGGCUUUCCUCUGGAUUUCGAACAGUGACUGUGGGGAUUUGUGCUCAUUCAGCCACAAGAGCUUUAGUGAGGUCAGACGUUGAUGUUGGGCGAACAGGCCUGGAAUGCAGUCAGCGUUCCAAUUCAUCUCAA